AUGACCGCUGUAAAUGUUGCCGAUGAAGAAUUGUCGUUCCUUGAGACAUCCGUUCUCAGUGGAACGGCGGCCGUUAUAGCAAAGACUGUAUCCGCACCCAUCGAACGCGUGAAGCUUAUGAUACAAAAUCAAGAUGAGAUGAUGAAGCAAGGGCGCUUGGAUAAACCUUACGACGGCAUGAUUGAUUGUACCGUUCGUACUUUCAAGACAGAAGGUGGUGUUUUGCCGUUUUGGAGAGGAAAUGUCCCAAACUGCAUUAGGUAUUUUCCCACACAAGCCCUGAACUUCGCGUUCAAAGAUAAAAUCAAGGAUCUGUUUCACCCAAGUAAACAAGAUACGUACACUGUAGCAUUCUACAAGAACGUUGCUAGCGGCGGAGCUGCAGGAGCCGCUUCUCUUCUUUUCGUGUAUUCCUUGGAUUACGCUCGUACGCGCCUUGCAAAUGACGCUCUUGCAGCUUCUAAAGGGACUAGCCGCGAAUUCAACGUUCUCACUUUGUGUUCUGUGAAUAGCGACGGCCUUCCUGGUCUUUAUCGAGGUUUCUGUUUGUCCUGCGUUGGUAUAAUUGUCUACCGUGGAUUUUAUUUCGGACUGUAUGACACUAUCAAACCGCUGGUAUUUGGCUCCGAUGCAGGCUUGACCAUAAGCUUUCUUCUGGGUUAUGCUGUAACCAUUGUAUCCGAAACUCUAGCCUACCCUAUUGACACCGUACGUCGUCGACUUAUGAUGACUUCCAUAAAGUACAAGAGCUCGCUAGAUUGCGCCAUGCAAAUAAUGCGUAAAGAAGGCGGUAUGUCCUUCUUCAAGGGCACUUUUGCCAACAUUCUUCGUGGGAUUGCCGGAGCGGGUGUGCUCGCCGGUUUUGACAAACUGAAAGAGAUUUAUGUCGUCUAUCGAAAACCAAAGAAACCAUCAGCAUAA